AAGUGCGUUUCGUGAAAUGCAGUCAUUUCAAGCUCUGUUUUGUUUGUUAAUUUUGUUUCCGAUUUACCUGGAAGCUUAUCGGUAUCUCGAGGAACCCUGUGGACCCUCUCACUUAACUUACAGAAUAUUCAAUGGCUCGAAUGCUGAACAAUCAGGCUGGAUGGCAGCCAUAUAUAGUUCAAAUUCGUUUUUGUGUGGCGGGUCGCUGAUACACAAACGCUUUAUAUUAACUGCUGCUCAUUGUGUAACUGGUCAACAAAACUUACUCGUCUACUUGGGAGCAUACAACAAAAGUCAACCCACAGCUCAGUACAGAGUCGUCCACGUAGAGGUGCACAGUUCAUAUGGAUUUUAUGUGAAUGAUAUAGCCUUACUCAAGCUGUCCAGUAGCGUUGCCUACAAAGACUCAGUCUAUCCAAUCUGCAUUGUACUGGAUAAGGAAAUUAAAUACCAAGUAGAGAACACUCGGUGGUUCAAUGCUUUUGGAUGGGGAAAAAAACGUGACGGCCAGUUUAGCGACAUUCUUCAAACGGUUACACUUAACAACUUACUUCGAGCCGAGUGCGAAAAGAGGCUCGGAGUGCAAAUUACUUCCAAUCGGAUUUGUGCUGGAGGUUCAUCUGGAGAUACCUGCAGUGGUGAUUCAGGUGGUCCAUUGACCACUGAAUACAAUGGUCGCCAAACCCAGAUAGGGAUCAUAAGCUACGGUUUAGACAAUUGCAAUGGAUUUGGAGUUUAUACAUGUGUGACUAGCUAUGUGGACUGGAUUGAGGAUACUAUAAAAAGGCUGGAUUAUAAGGAUGACGUUAACUCCCAAGGCUUACGCAAUAAUGAAAAUAUUUGGUUGUAUAGAGAUUGCGGUGGUAAAGAUAUAAACGAUCAAUUGGACGUGUUCAUUGUUGGAAUGGUUCAUAAAACCCAGGGCGUGCUGAUCACAGACCGUUUCGUCCUUACACAUUUCACAGACUUACCAUGGCUUCGAAUGUUUAUAACUGUGACUAUGAAGCAUAGGUCUAGAGUCAUUGGAGAUUACGAAGUUGACUCAAUCUUUAGGCAUCCGGAUUAUUCAGUUUACUCAAAUGAUAUAGCUCUGAUAAAACUUAGUCGACGUGUGAAUUAUCCCAAUGGAGUAAAACCGAUCUGUCUGCUCGCAAAAGAAAACCAACUGGUUUCCCUUGGGAUGGGUAGUGAUCCCGGUAUCAUUGGUCCCAACGAUUGUAAACUCAGACAUGGAAUAUCCAUCCAACCUACGCAAUUUUGUAAGAAGUUCGAGACCGAUAACAUCGACUCUGCUGGCCUUCUUGUUGGACAAAAUGUACAUUAUUUGUCAAGGAAUUGGCUGGUUUUGCAUGGUAUUGCUAGCUAUUCAUCUAAUGGUCUGUACGUUUUUGAAAAUGUUCUAAAGCACAUGGAUUGGAUUACGAGUACUGUAGAUAAAAAUUAAUAUAUAACUCUUGCAAUAUGUCAGGAACCGCAAUGAAUUAAUUUAAGGAACUGAUUCAAAUACAUUUUCGAGAAUUUGUAAUUCGAUAAUUUUAUUUUUCAAAAAAAUUGUACUUGACCUAAAAAAAUUUAAAGUAUUUUUUAACUAUUGAAAUGGUUUCGCUCGAUUCUUACUGAAUUUUAUAUUUUUUCAUAAAGAAUUGACCAUUUAAGGGUGUCAAAUGACAUCUUUCAUUCUCAAAUUCUAGAGAAUCCUGCGCAGCGCAAGUUUGCUUCAGCAGAUAACUGUAAAAA